AUGGAAAAUCAUUAUUGUGUCGUGAUCAUCGGUGCAGGUGUUGCAGGACUGUCUUGUGCAAAAUAUCUGGCCGAUAAUGAUAUACAAGAUUUUGUCAUAUUGGAAGCAAACAAUCAAAUUGGUGGACGUUGUCAAACGGUUGAAUUCAUGGAUCAAUCGAUCGAACUAGGCACUGAGUUACUCCAAGGUAAUUCGUCGAACAAUCCUUUGUUCCAAUUAGCUGAAGGACAGCAUUUACUCGAUCAGAAUGAUGACGGAUUGGAUCGAGAUGAUUGUUAUCAUGACGAAGAUGGCGAAUCGAUCGACGAAGAUAUCAUCAACGAAAUUCGAACGAUCUACGACGAAAUUUUAGAAAAGAAAGUUCCGACUUAUCCGUAUGAGAACUAUCCCGAUUUGUCACUAGGUGAAUUCAUUCUAGCGGAAUUUGAUCAGUAUUUACAAUUGAAAAAAGUUUCACUGGACAAGAACGAGAUUGAUCAAAGAGAAAAAGUCAUCGACUGGCUUGGAAAACAGCAUCCGGUUUUAAAUACAAUCGGUAGUGAGAAAUUAACCGACGUAUCAGUUCAAGGAUGGAUUUCAUUUGAGAAUUUAUCGACAAAUGACAAAUAUAUUCAAGGCGGUGUUUGCAAAUUUUUGCAAACGAUCUUUGAAAAUAAAAUUGCUAAAGAAAAGUUUCAUUUCAACUCAAAAGUGAAACGUGUUGCUAUUCACGAAGUUAAUCAAUCGGUUAACAUUGAAAUUAUCAAAGAAAAUCAUCAAAUCGUUACUUACCAAGCAAAACAUGUUGUUUGUACACAAUCCAUUGGCUGCUUGAAGAAAACAAUGCACGAAAUGUUUGUACCACCAUUGCCGUAUUCGAAACAAGUUUCGAUUGAAAAACUCGGCUUUGGAACAGUCAAUAAAAUUUAUCUGGUUUUUUCUCAACCAUUUUGGGAUGUUGAUUUCAAUUCGUUCAAUUUCUUGUGGAAUACAAACACCGAGGGCAAAUUAACUUGUCUUGAAAAUACACCUUAUCAUAGUGGAUGGUGUAAAAGUCUAACGGGCUUGUGCGUUCAUCAUCGUUUGUCCAAUACUCUUGUAACACAAAUUAGCGGCGAGGCGGGCGAAUAUAUCGAAACUAUUCCCGAUGGCUUACUGUCGAAUUGUUUUCAAGAAUUGUUCGGCAGGUUUUAUCCUGACAAUCAAAUACCCAAACCGAAGAAAUUAAUUCGAUCGACAUGGUUUCAUAAUCCAUUGACGUAUGGUUCACAUACAUUUAUCAAAAUAGGUUCGACUGUUCAUGAUAUCAAACGAUUAGCAAUGCCAUGGCCGGAUAAGUCAGCAGAACCAUUGGUUCUCUUUGCAGGUGAAGGCACACAUGAAAGAUUCUAUGGAACAGCACAUGGUGCUUUUCUUACCGGUAUACGCGAAGGCAAACGAAUUGUCGGAUUGUAUAAAAGUUAA